AUGGGAAAACGCAAGCAGGAUCUUGGUGAUGUCGCCAUGGGCGGCACUAAGGACGACGAGUCAUCCGACGAUGACACUGACAUGAUCAAUGUCGACUUUGAAUGGUUUGACCCGCAACCUGCGAUCGAUUUCCACGGCCUCAAGAACCUGAUCCGCCAAUUAUUCGACAAUGAUGCUCAGAUCUUCGAUUUGUCUGCCCUUGCCGAUUUGAUCCUGUCGCAACCGACGCUCGGAUCCACUGUGAAGACUGACGGCAAUGAGUCCGACCCGUACGCUUUCUUGUCUGUUUUGAACCUGCAGGAGCACAAGGACAAACCGGUCGUACAGGAAUUGAUCAAAUAUAUUACUUCCAAAGCCGCCGGUAACCCCUCUCUGUCUGCCCUCCACGAGCUCGUCUCCCAGGACCCCAUCGCGCCCAUUGGCCUGAUUCUGACCGAGCGAGUCAUCAACAUGCCGUCUCAAGUCAUCCCGCCCAUGUAUAACAUGCUCUUGGAGGAGAUUGCUUGGGCAAUUCAGGACAAGGAGCCUUAUAACUUCUCGCACUACCUCAUUAUUUCCAAGGGCUACGAGGAGAUUGAAUCGAAGCUGGAUCUUGAAGAGUCCCGGCCACAGAAGAAGACCAAGAAGGGUGGUGCUGCUGCCCAGCGGUUCUUCUUCCACCCCGAGGACGAGGUUCUGCAACGCCAUGCUUUGUGCUCUGGCUCAUACGAGUUCACUCACAAGCAGGAUGACGGCCACUCGGACUCCAAGCGUGCAUUCCAGGAGCUUGGUAUUAUCACCAGCGGAAGCAUGAUGUUGAUUGAGGGAGCCAAGUUCGAGUCUACUGUUAAGGCUGUGCAGGAGUACCUGCAGUAA